UAGUCAGUCGAGCUCGGAAAUCCAUUCAGUACAGAAGUCAUGCGUAGUGCUCAACGGUGGAAUAUAAAGCGGGCCUCCGUAAUCCUCAGCGUCGCCCUGCUGCUCUAUGUUUUUGUAUUCUCCAGCGGCUAUCACAAGUACCAGAUCGAGGGUAUUAUCGAGCGGGCGCAACCGGAAAAGGUCUGGGAGUAUGUGGCCGAUUUUAACAAGAUGCGCCUUCUAAAUCCCACAAUCAUUGAUUUUAAGAUACUGGCGGAUCAUGGACACGCCCACGACUGGCGGUAUACAGUGCAGUACACGGAAAAGCUCUCCCAUUGGCCACAUUGGCUGAACACGGCCAUUGCUAAGUACGUGGUCACCAAGACGUUGCCAGGAGUUACUCCGGUGGGAUAUGGCAUUCAUUCCACCCAUGAAACAUGCUUCUUCAGUGGAUUCUACUGCUUACGAUCUAUCAGCGAAUUCUCCUUUAGGAAUUCCAAUGGGAACACCUUUGCCCAGGAGAAAAUCCAGUACCAGUGUCCACCGCUUUUGGCCAGCAUGUGCCGAAGAGAACUGGAAUUCCAGCGCCAGGCAGUGAUGUAUAAUCUUACCCACAUAUUUAGUAAGCAGAGUACAUAG